AUUGCGUUGACAUGAUCACCAUUCUCUUUGGUUUGGAUGCUAUGCAGCUAGAAUUUUUGCUGUCACUAUUUCACUUUUUGACAGCUGUUUUGAUGCGUAACCUUGGGAACCAGGUAUUACUUUUACAUCUGGGAGCAGCUGAUUAGUAUCUCAAAAGCUCAAAUACCUGAACUACAACCCAAGUCCCAGAGGGGUUGGAAAGAAGGCUUCAUAGAUGCAGAGCAGGAUCAAAGAGCAGAUAUACAGAAGGAGGAAGUUCAAACCUUCUCUUCCAUAAUGGGGAAGGGUCAUAUCAUAUCCCUGACUUCAACAGUUAUCUACCCAGCUUUCUAACUAUAUGGUCAGACAUAAAUUUAAAGAGGAAAACCAAAAGCAGAUACAAUGGAUUAGCAGUGCUGUUGAGCUGAGCUGUUGCUGUCAUACAGCAACAUAUUUCAGUCAGAGGUUUGAGAUUCGUUGCAACACUGACUGCUACUGGARAUCCCUUCCGCGACUCUGAAGAUACUUGGAUUAUCGACCCGUGCGGUGAUGGCGAGGAAACCCCGUUGACAAGACACUGCUUUUUCAUGACGGUUGCCAUACUCACUAUUUGCAAUAACYCUGGCCAACAACCUUGUAAAUUUACUAAAAACAGUUUUUYACACUGCAGCCCAGCCUGUUACAAGAGAAUAAGGCURUUACAUGACUGAAUCCAUGCUUCCUGGUGGACAUCUUGUGUCAUGGAUGAUGACGACGAUCGCCGUCUUCUGGAUAUUUUAGGAGAUGUGGAAGCAUUGAACGAUUAUCUGCACGGCAGUAAUAGCAAGUCUAUUGGAGAAGAUGACGUGGCAAAUGCAGCUUAUGGGUCAGAUGGAUCUUUUUUCACUAAUGAGACAACUGGCUGCAACACUGGCCUCAAGGAUGGCUCUUCUUCAAUGGGUGAAUUUGUGGAGGAUCCAGCUGGAGGAGGCCUCCACCUCUCUAGUAGCCUCUCUUUUAUCGAGGAUGAGCUGGGGGCUGGGAGCUCYCCUGAAGGGGUGGACCUUGGUGCAGAGGAUCAGCCGUUUGACAUUCUGCAGAAGUCUUUAUUGGAAGCUGACAUUACGGAGCAGACUUUGGCCCAGGAGGCCAUGUUGGACUGCCAGCCAGCUCCAAAUCUCGUGCAAGCUCCAGUUCCCUUCUCCUCCCAGCUGGUCUCUGGGGCUUAUGGAGGAGGAGUGGGUGUGGUAACCACUGCGACAGCUGCAUUCCCAGCAGGCCAGGUACUGCAAGGAGUACCUCCACUGGCCAAUGGCUCUACACAGCAUAUCCAGGUCUUGGGCUCGUUUGGGGCAAGUGGAGGUGUAAUGACUCUGAGCAGCUUGGAAAGAACWCCUCAGAUUGUUCUAAGGCCAGGAGUGCCUGUUGCUCCAGCGGUGACUGCAGCAGGGGGGCAGGUCUUUGCCCCAACCCAAGGGCAGGUGGGCUUACCUUUCAAAAACAUCCCCCUUCAAAACAUCAUAAUUCAGCGAGGACCUGGAGGGACACAGGCUAUCGUUAGACCAAUCCAGCCUAAACCCUCUCAAGCUGCGUCCCAGACUGUUUUCAGCCUAGGUCUUCAACCCACUCCCUCUACACUGAGUAGUGUUGUAAAYGCUAACACUGUUACUCCUGGAGGACAGUAUACAGCUAAUGGUUCAAUAGUUGUGCAACCACCAAUGGACCAGCAACAAAUGCAGGCCCAGACAAAUAUAUCACAAGGACAAUUCUUACUACCCAACUCUUUGACACUUACUCCGUCCAACGCCAUCCACAAUGGCUCUGCCAAUCCCAGCUCAAGCACCCUAAUUGCCAACCAACCCACAGUGCAGAUUGCACCAGGGCAGAACUUCUCUGCACCAGGAAGUCAGCUAAUCCUAAACCAGGGAGUAGUAAGUGGGACUCAGGUUGUAGGGACCGUGACUCAGACAUGGUCGGGAGUUUCCUGUGCGAGCUCCACACCCGUACAAACGUCCUGCGCUCCUGGGCGUYUGACUCUGGUCGGGUCGAUCGGGGGUCAAGGCCAGGCAUCCUCUUGCCCAGUGCAGCGCCUUUUAGUGACUCAAACCCAGAACUGCACUUCUCUGUCUCCUUUACCCAGCAAUGUGACACAGGAACAAAAAGAUUUUAGACAGAAUUCCUUAUCACCUGCAUUCAAACAGGYGCAGGCCAGCAACAUUCAUGCCCUGAAAACCAUAACACAAGAUUUAACGCUAAACUCUGAGAAAAGGCUAACGAGGACAGAACAGGUUCUUCAUCAGCUGAGGAGGGAUCACGCCGGAGUUCARAACCCAAAUCGACGAAAGUUCACAUCAGUUGAAGACGCGUUGCAAAGACUACUCCCUUACCACGUGUUCCAGGGCGCUCCGCCAUGUCAGGACGAGUUCUCGCAAGUGGAUGAUGAGUUCGAGGACGUUGCGACUCAGGUGGUGACAAAGACCCAGACCAUGGUCAAUAAAUACAGACGACUGCUGAUGGUGGAGGCUGAACGUUCCAGCCCUUCAUCAGAAAUGGUGAUGAUCGACAGGACCUUCAACCAAGAGGAGCGCAGCAACCUGACACAGGACAAACGCAUGGUGCUAGUGGAUCCAGAUGGCUUCCUUGAGGAAUUCUGCUGUGGAACGAAAUCCAAAGUUUUCCAAGAUCCCCUUCCCUCUCAGUCGGAGAACACUUGCGACCAGUCAGAACAAGGCUCUGCGGAGCCAGAGCACAGAACAGACUUCCAGCCCGGGUUUGGAGACCCGGGAGGGGGCGGGGUUGCAGGAGCACUUCCCACAGACAGACUCCACCCGCCACACCUAGAGAACCAGAAGGUUUUGGAACUGAAGAGACCGCAGCAGAGCUUCGGGCCGGGCAGCGCCGGCAACAGCCCUGACGCUGCCAACAGUUAYGCGCAAGGUAAACGCUCGCCUUUUGCAGCAGCUGCAGGAGGACAGACUCACUCCCAGGUGUCGGCCCACCUCUCGUCCCAACCUCAGUACUCGCCCCAUCUCGCCUCACCCCCUCACCCGGACACAGAUUCUGCGUUAGAGGCGGCAGUCAACAGCAUCCUCGAAUGUUAAGACGGAUUCUCCAUAUCAUCCCUAAUAUGUAUGAUUUAUGUUUUGUUUGUAGGUACAUGUGUAUUUUAUUAUUAGUUUUAUUUUUUUUGUCAAACUCCAGUGUGGAGAAAGGUUUACUCUAGCGACACGCAGCCAUGUAGCAUUUGUGUAGUUUGCGUCGGAAGGUUUUAGAGGCAUUACGUCWGCGAAGCAUCAAAGGUGUAGUCGGGCACUUAAAAAGAUCCGGGAAUGUGUGCAAUGAAGCAGAAUAACAGAUGCAAAAAAAAAAUAAAAAAAAGAAGAAGAAGAAAAAAUAAAUUGUGUGUUGAUUUAAAAAUCUUUAUUUGAAACUUUUGAAUGCAGGAGCGUUCCUAUCUUCACACAUUUAACAGCUUGUGCCAUUUAAUUUUUCCUCAAACACAUGGGCAGAUGACGAGGAGGUGGCGGCUCUGUGCCUGACUCUAGGUUUUUAUAUGAAAAGUGUUUACACAAAGAAGUUCUAUUCAGAAAUAAUUACUCCCUUCCCGUGUUCAUAAUUCCUUACAAACUUGAGCAGAGUGCUUCUGUGUUAAGUUUCCCUUUGAGAUCACCUCAGUACAGACAGGUUCAUGUAGAAAUUUGCACUGAACACACCAUAGUUUCAGGGUUUUUACAUCAACGUUAGACCCACAUUGUUAACCAGCACUAAAGUGYAUCUGUUAAUUUAAUUUAGCAAUUAAACUCAAAAAGUGAAACAUUCAUUGCACUUAAAGUGAUACAUUUKAAGUAUUUAUGUUAUUUUGAUGAUUAUGGUUUACGUCAAAUAAAAACUCAGAUGUCA